UAAUGAGGAUGUAUGAACAAACCAGUCCAAACGUUAUUGGUUAUUUGUAUUUGUAUACCUCACCCGAAAGUGUUAUUUCCCCAAGUACUUUAAGUUACACUACCACUAAACACUAACAAUAAAUUUAUUUACCGACAAUUCAAAAUAAAUAAAUAAAACAAUUAAUCACUUAAUAAUACGGCUUCAGCUUCAGUUAAUACUCAAUAGUGUCAAUAAUGUUCAUCAAUCAAUACAAUAACAUUUAUCCAAAACAGUGAUUACAUUACAUUAUAAUUUUACUUAAACCCAUAUUUAUUAUCAGUAAUUUUAAGCUGAUAAAUUAAAAUUGUUAGAUAUUUUUAAAAGCUCAAUUUUUAUAACUCGUUAUUAUUUUUAUUUAAAUUUAAAAUAUUUAAAUUUUAAGUAGGCAACAAAUUGUCAGUUAACCUUUACACUGGACUGAUUAUUUAUUGACAAGUGUUUAUUUUAUAUAUAUAUUUAUAUUUAUAUUAAUAAGAAGAAAUAUAAACAAAUGGCUAAUUUACGACAAACUCCGUUGACAUGCAGUGGACAUACCCGACCUGUUGUUCAUUUGGCAUUUUCUGAUAUCACAGACACUGGAUAUUAUUUAAUUUCAGCAUGCAAAGAUGGAAAGCCCAUGUUGAGACAAGGUGACACUGGAGACUGGAUCGGGACAUUUGAAGGCCACAAAGGAGCUGUAUGGGGAGUUGAUUUAAAUCGUCAAGCUACUCGUGCAGCCUCUGGUGCUGCUGAUUUCAAUGCUAAAGUCUGGGACGCUAUCAAGGGCGAAGAAAUUCAUUCAUUUCAACACAACCAUAUAGUCAAGUCGGUUGGCUUUAGCACUGACUCUAACAAUCUUUGCACAGGGUCAAAUGAAAAACUACUUCGUAUUUUUGAUCUCAAUAAACCUGAUUCGCCGCCUCAGGUUUUUUCAGGGCACACGAGUUUUAUAAAGCAAGUUAUGUUUUUCAAUGACAAUAAAUUGAUAGUAAGUUGUGCGGAUGAUAAAACUUUGAGAGUGUGGGAUCGAAGCAAUGGCCAAGAAGUCAGACGAAUUGACUUUCCGGCUCUUCCGAGCUCGAUGGAAGUUUCUAAGGAUGGAAAAAUAAUUACGACGACGCAUUCCAAUACUGUGUCAUUUUGGAAUAGCUUAGACUUAACGAAAAUACGUGAGUACACGAUUCCUACUCAAGUAAACAGUGUCAGUUUGCAUCCAGAUUGUUCGAUAUUUGUUUGUGGAGGUGAAGAUUUGAAAAUGUACAAAUUUGAUUACUCAACUGGUGUAGAAAUGGAAUCAUUCAAAGGACAUUUCGGACCAGUGCAUUGCGUAAGAUUUUCACCUGACGGUGAAUUAUACGCCAGCGGAUCCGAGGACGGUACUCUGAGACUUUGGCAAACGACUGUUGGAAAGACUUAUGGACUUUGGCGGUGUACUGAUCAAACUACUACCAUUCAAGAAAAUUCAUCAACUGUCAAUAAUAAACAUGAAGUAUCUGCCAGCUAAACUAAACCGUCCCUCAGUUUAUAUAAACAGAAUUAAAUAUUUUUUCUGUCACUAUACAAACUGAUAAUAAAUUAAAACCCGGCGAAUAUUUUAUGUAAAUAUGAGAUCUCAUAUAAUGUAUCAAUAUACUUAUCAACUAUCAUUACUCAUAUUGUAUGAAGCAAAUUCAAAAUUCAUUAAUUAUCAUAUGAAUAAGUAUCGAACAUUAUUUCAGGGGGGAAAGGGGUCCGAGAUACAAAAAGAAAGACCAUAUUUUUGUGAUUUUUUUUUCAGAGUACGUUCUUUAUUAAAAUUCUUAAAAUUUGUGACAUUAUUAAGCAUCAUUCUAAGAAUGUUCUACUAAAUUUUCAUUAAAAAAUAUUGAUAACUAAGCCAGUGGUAGUGGGGAGAGACGAGUCACCUGAAAUAAAAAAACCAAAAAGAUUUCUUUAGUACAUAAGUUUAUCUUGGAUUUGAAUGAAGGAAUAAACAAAAUAUUCAUUUUUGAAUUUUUGGCAAAGUAGCAAUCAAAAAACUCUGAUUUUUUGCCAAAAAUUGCUUCUUUUGUUUAAUUAAAAAAUAAGUAAUUAUUGAAAAAAAAAUCUUUCGUUCAAAUCUAAGAUAAACUUAUGUACUAAAGAUAUCUUUUCGGUUUUUUGAUUUCAGUCAUGAGUUAUCCUGCCUACGGCAUGGAGACUUUUUUUUCAAGGUGACUCGUCUCUCCCCACUACCACUGGCUUAUUUUUCAAUAUUUUUUUAUGAAAAUUUAGCAGAACAUUCUUGGAGUGAUGCUUAAUAAUGACACAAAUUAAAAAAAUUUUAAUAAAGAACGUACUCUGAAAAAAAAAAUCACAAAAAUAUGGUCUUUUUUUUUGUAUCUCAGACCAGCCUCCCUUUCAAGUGGCCGGCAUAUGGCCGAACGGUAGAUAGCCGGCACUAAAAUAUGAGAAGAAAAAAUAAAUUAUGAGAGAAUAGAGUUUACGAUAAAUAAUAAUAUAUUUAAAAUGUAAACUCUUCGACUUAUGGAAAAAUAAUAAUUAAGAAAUAAAUAAAAAUCUGAUUAAAAUUAUAAUAACAUAUAAUCAACAAUACAUAAAACACUUGUCAGAUAUAAUACAUUGAGUAAAAAAAGACAAUAAAAAAUAAUAAAAAUAAACAAUUAGCACAAUCAUGUCAAUUACACAAUUAAAAAAAAAAAAUUCUGCAUUUUCAUUACAAUUAGUGAUAUUUUUUUUUUUUUAACAUUAGAUUAGAAAAAUAAUUUUAAAUAUUAUAUAUAUACUAUAAAAAAUUUAGUCACCGUUAAUUUAAUUCUAAAUAUACAUUUUAUAGUCGAAUCCUUUUGUAUACACUCUAGAACGUGUCAUACUCAACUCAUUAAUACUUUUUAUUUUUUUGUUUUCAUGGCAUAACUUUUUUUAUUUUUGUUUUUAUGUUAUGAUUAACCAAUGACAGGGUAACAAGACCAAUAGCGGGUCAGCUAAGGUCAUUUUUUAAAUUUUUAGAAAAAUAUUCACCGAGAUAAGGAUUUUAAGAAAAAUUAUUAACAGUUUUUAUCAAUUAGUUGAACGAAAUUUUGUAAAUAAAUUUUAACUUAAAAAAUCUGGCCUUCCAAAUUCAAAUUGGUAUGAACAUAUUUGAUGAAAAUUUUAUAGAAGUUUAUUUUUAAAAUUUCGUUUAAUUCCUAAUUGAUAUCAAACGUAAAUAAUUUUU